AUGAUCUGUAACAGACCCGCUCCACCUCUACCACAUUUAUAUAUAUCAGAAGAAAUCACGAAUGAUGCGGCUACUUUCAUCCGCAAUCAUAUAAAUGUCCUGCUCCGUGUGUCUGAGGAUAUCGCGCUUGGUAGGGACUCGAGAAUGUUCGUGAAAGUAGCUCUAAGUCUAUUGUUGAUCUCUGUCAUUGGGAGCCUCACUGAUUUUCUCACAUUUAUCUACACCGGCCUUGUUACUCUUCUUACAGUUCCAGCACUUUAUGAAAGGUAUGAAGACCAUAUUGAUAGAUAUGCUCUAACAAGGUACAGGUACUCACAGCUUUUAUACGUGAGAUUUGAUGCGCAAUUUAUCAGCAAGGUUCAAAAAUGGAUAGUGGAAAAGAAGAAAUUAAGUUGA